GUUUCGUCAAGGAGUUAUUUAAUCAGUGAAGAUAACUACUUCCUAAUUUGGUUCUUACUGAGAUCUUCAUCAACUCAACCUCAAGUAAACAUGAUUCGCUUGGCGACCGUCGAAGAUGCGGAAGCGAUCACCGAGGUCGCUAAUGAGGCCUUUCUAGCGGAUGCUUUUUUCAAAAACGAAGCAGACAUCUAUCGCUUUGCACGCGACGGAUCGGAGGUUCGUGCUAUGCUUGCAGAAGGAGGAGAGAAGUUCUUCAUCUUCGUAGAUGAUCAAAACCAGACACCACUACCAGACGCCAAAGAGGAUUCUUGCGCGGACACUUCCUUGUCGCCAUCAACAUCAACGUCAUCAACGGAGCAGAGGCGUUCUUCUAUUCUCGGCUGUAUUCGCGUCCAAGAGCUGGGGUGGGAAUCGAUGAAGUCCGAAGAUGUUGUAGAUUUUAUCGAGAAAAACUCACGAUUCGAUUUCAAGGACGGGCUGGGCGUUGAGAAAGCAGGUACAACUACAGGUGCUCCUGGUACAUCGACAUCGACUAGCACAUCGACAUCGACUAGUGCAACUGAUGUCGCAGCGACUAGUGCCGGACAGGAAUCGCCGAGGUUGCGGAGUGUGACUCUGGGUAUUCUUGCAGUGAGACCGCAAGCGUGUGGCCGAGGUAUAGGCGGUUUGCUGAUAAAAGCGGUAGAUGAGUGGGCUGCGACAGGUGUGUAUCCGCCAACUGCAAAUGACAAACAAAAAGGAGAGGGAAAGGUCGUUCUUGGACAGGUUCUUGGCACAGACGCAGAUCGAGGUCAGCAACCAGCUACUCCUCAAGAAGACUCGUCACAGGCUCCUUCGCACAGGUGUUAUGACUGUUGAUAGAGAGUCUACAAGUUUCAACUGCGAGAGAGUAUGCGACUCCUAUUUCUGUCGCCUGACUCUUGUCGCAUGACCCCUUAUUUCUGUCGCCUUCUAACUUUAUCGUAUCACUUUCCCCACGAUGUCCGUGCGUGCGGAUAUUAGAGCUUGGUACGAAAGAAGAGGCUUCAGCGUCUUGAAGGAGGUCCCGUUGCCGCCAGAUGUCGCAUAUAUUGUUUAUGGCUACUUACAUGUUGGUGCUUUCAGGUUUUGUGGGACAACAGACACUGAUUAAUAGAAUUCAGUACUUGAAUUCAAUCAAUCUGUAGGGUUGCUGUAGGGUUUCUCUGGUUUUAGAUUUAAGGUUUCUCUGAAGAACAAACAGUCUGCAACGGGGAUUGCCUCGUACUUCUAUGUAUUCGAGCGUGCUGCGUGUCUGGAAAAGUAGACCUAGCCGCAGUGUUGGGUACUACAACAAGAAACUCGAUUUCAAUUGUAGUCUUCAAUUUCGAUUGUCUAGUUUUUUUUAUGAUUUGAAAGCCUCAUCUAAUCCAUUGCGCCUGAUUGGAAAGACAAGGUGAAAUUCGUUUACAUGGAAAAAGUGGUAGCGUAUAGAGGAAAGGUGCCAGAACGAUUGUGAAAGGGUAGAAAGCCAACGACGUGUGAGGUGAAGAAGGAAAGACGAAGAAGAAGUGCACCGAAUUAAAUAACGUAUUCCUCGCGAUUGGAUACACUACCACCACUACUCUCCUCUUUGAAGGCAUCAUGGUACUACUAUGUAUAAAUGCCUAGAUGUUUCUUCAUCUUGAAAUCUGACUGUGGCGGUGUUAUUCAUCUUGAAAUCGCACUUCGCCGACGCUCCGUUCCAACCUACUGUAUGUACCUCUGAGUGCUCACUAUGUGGACAAGGAGAGUUGACAAGAAGAGCUUGUGGAAUGAAUCUCAGCUACUGUGGAAUGAGGGCGAUUGUGAAGGAAGGCAGCACUCUAGUG